AUGCAGCAGCCCGAGGAGGGCGUGACGGCCGUUGAGAAGAUGGGGGACUCGCAGCUUAACGAGAAGCCCAUCGACAAGCGCGAUUCGGAUACCGCUUCCGCAUCAACAAAGGAGCACGAAAGCACGACCCCAGUCGCGACAGACGAAGAUGCGAUCUAUGCUCACUUGCCCGAGCAUGAGAAGGAGAUAUUGAAGCGACAGCUAGAUGCACCGCUCGUCAAUAUAUCCUACUUCGGUCUAUAUCGCUAUGCAUCCCGCAUCGACAUACUCAUCAUUGUUAUUAGCACACUCUGCGCUAUCGCCGCCGGUGCUGCCUUGCCUCUCUUCACCAUUCUCUUUGGCUCCUUGGCUACGGCUUUCCAAAAGAUUAUGCUCCGCACCAUUGCCUAUGAUGAAUUCUACCACCAGUUGACCCACAAUGUUUUGUACUUCGUCUACCUAGGCAUCGGAGAGUUCGUCACUGUCUACGUCAGCACUAUUGGCUUCAUCUACACCGGAGAGCAUGUCACUCAGAAGAUUCGAGAGCACUACCUCGAAGCCAUUCUGCGCCAGAACAUCGCCUACUUCGACAAGCUUGGUGCGGGUGAAGUGACUACCCGUAUCACAGCCGACACCAACCUCAUUCAGGAUGGUGUCUCCGAAAAGGUGGGUUUAACCCUAACUGCCGUCGCUACCUUCGUGACUGCCUUCGUGGUUGCAUAUAUCAAGUAUGCCCCCUUGGCUGGCAUUUGUACUUCAACUAUGGUCGCGCUGGUCGUGAUUAUGGGUGGAGGCUCCAGACUGAUCAUCAAGUACGGCAAGCUUUCCUUGGAAAGCGCCGGUGCCGGUGGAACUGUGGCAGAGGAAGUCAUCAGCUCGAUCCGCAAUGCGACUGCAUUCGGCACUCAGGACAAGCUCGCGAAGCAGUACGAGUCCCACUUGCGUCACGCAGAGCGUUGGGGCAUGCGUCUGCAAAUGAGCCUCGCCGUGAUGGUCGGUAUUAUGUUUGGACUUAUGUUCAUGAACUACGGCCUCGGAUUCUGGAUGGGAUCUCGAUUCCUGGUGGAUGGUAAGGUUGACGUCGGACAUGUCUUGACUAUCUUGAUGGCUAUUCUUAUCGGGUCUUUCUCCCUGGGCAAUGUCAGCCCGAACGCCUCGGCAUUUACCAACGCUGUGGCAGCCGCUACCAAGAUCUUUGCGACUAUCGACCGUGUAUCCCCGCUAGACCCUACUUCUGAUGAAGGCAUCAUCCUUGACCACGUCGAGGGUCACAUCGAAUUCCGCAAUGUGAAACACAUCUAUCCUUCUCGCCCCGAAGUUACAGUGAUGAAUGAUGUUUCACUCGCUAUUCCUGCUGGUAAAACUACCGCGUUGGUCGGUCCUUCGGGCUCUGGCAAGAGUACUGUCGUCGGUCUUGUCGAGCGGUUCUAUCUUCCAGUCGGCGGCCAAGUGUUCUUGGAUGGCCACGACAUCCAAACUCUCAACCUGCGAUGGCUGCGUCAGCAGAUCUCGCUGGUCAGCCAGGAACCUGUUCUGUUUGGCACAACCAUCUAUCAAAACAUUCGCCACGGUCUGAUCGGAACACGCUUCGAGCAUGAGCCUGAGGAGAAGGUCAAGGAGCUCGUUGAGAAUGCCGCUAAGAUGGCCAACGCACACGACUUCAUUAUUGCUCUUCCGGAAGGUUAUGAAACUAACGUCGGCCAGCGUGGAUUCUUGCUGUCUGGAGGCCAGAAGCAACGCAUUGCCAUCGCUCGUGCUAUGGUCAGUGACCCCAAGAUUUUGCUUCUAGAUGAAGCUACUUCAGCACUGGAUACCAAGUCCGAGGGUGUCGUCCAGGCAGCGCUUGAUCGCGCUGCUGAGGGUCGCACUACCAUUGUCAUUGCCCAUCGUCUAUCCACUAUCAAGUCCGCGCACAAUAUCGUUGUCUUCGUCAACGGGUCGAUUGUUGAGCAAGGUUCCCACGCCCAGCUGACUGACCAUGAUGGUCCUUACUUCAAACUGGUCGAGGCCCAGCGCAUCAACGAGGAGAAGGAUGCAGAUGCUUUGGACGCGGAUGAGGAUGAGAGUGAGGAUGGCAAGCACAUGGCCAAGUCUCACAUCGCACGCGUCAAGUCAGUUGCUAGUGGCUCAACCAUUAGGAAGGAUGAGGCCGAAACAUUCCAGGAGACAAUGCAUCGCCAGGAGUCUCGCAAGUCCGUGUCCAGUGUUAUUCUCUCGCAGAGGACUGCUGAAGGCGCCAGCAAGUAUUCACUUUUGACUCUGAUCAAGUUUAUCGGCUCGUUCAACAAGGAAGAGCGGUGGUUCAUGGCCAUCGGUCUUUUCUUCUCGAUUCUCGCCGGUUGUGGACAACCCACCCAAGCUUUCUUGUAUGCCAAAGCCAUCAGCUCACUUUCCUUACCCGAAAGCCAGUAUGCCAAGCUCAGAUCGGAUGCCAACUUCUGGUCACUGAUGUUCUUUAUCGUCGGUAUUGUUCAAAUCAUCACCUUCUCGUCCCACGGUAUCGCCUUCGCCUUUAGCUCCGAGAGAUUGAUUCGCAAGGCUCGCAGCAGCGCCUUCCGAGUCAUGCUCCGACAGGAUAUCAACUUCUUUGAUCGUGAGGAAAAUAGCACCGGCGCCUUGACCUCUUUCCUCUCAACUGAAACCAAGCACUUGGCCGGUAUUAGUGGUCAAACUCUUGGAACAAUUCUCAUGACUUCGACAACUCUCAUCGCUUCAAUCGUUAUCGCACUUUCCUUCGGAUGGAAGCUUGCCCUCGUUUGCAUGUCUGUCAUUCCCAUUCUUCUCGGCUGCGGCUUCUACCGCUUCUAUAUGCUUGCCGCGUUCCAGGCACGUUCCAAGGUAGCCUAUGAGGGAUCAGCCAGCUACGCCUGCGAGGCUACAUCUGCCAUUCGCACUGUGGCUUCGCUUACCCGUGAGACCGAUGUCUGGGCAUUCUACCACGCUCAACUCGAUAACCAGGGCCGCAAAAGCUUAAUCUCGGUAUUCAAGUCAUCGCUCUUGUACGCAGCCUCUCAGGCCUUGGUCUUCUUUUGUGUCGCCCUCGGCUUUUGGUACGGUGGAACUCUGCUCGGUCACCAUGAAUACGACGUGUUCCGGUUCUUCGUCUGCUUCAGUGAAAUCUUGUUCGGUGCCCAGUCCGCUGGUACAGUGUUCUCCUUCUCCCCGGACAUGGGCAAGGCCAAGAACGCCGCCGCUGAAUUCCUCAAGCUGUUCGAGCGUCGGCCCACCAUUGACACAUGGUCAGAAGCGGGCGAGAAUUUGGACCAUUGCGAGGGAACUAUCGAGUUCAAGGAUGUUCACUUCCGCUACCCUACUCGUCCCGAGCAGCCCGUGCUUCGCGGCUUGAACCUCACCGUCAAGCCUGGCCAGUACAUUGCCCUGGUCGGACCCAGUGGAUGCGGCAAGAGUACCACUAUUGCCCUUCUCGAGCGAUUCUACGAUGCCCUUUCUGGUGGUGUCUACGUGGACGAUAAGAAUAUCGCCGACCUCAAUGUCAAUUCUUACCGCAGUCACCUGGCGUUGGUCAGUCAGGAGCCCACUCUCUACCAGGGUAGCAUCAAGGAGAAUAUCCUGCUCGGUAGCGCCAACGCAGAUCCCACCGAUGAGGAGCUAGUCCAAGUCUGCAAGGAUGCCAACAUCUACGAGUUCAUCAUGUCUCUCCCCGAUGGCUUUAACACCAUUGUCGGUAACAAGGGAGGCAUGUUGUCCGGUGGCCAAAAGCAGCGCGUCGCUAUCGCCCGUGCUCUCCUUCGCAACCCCAAGAUCUUGCUUCUGGACGAAGCCACCUCGGCCCUCGACUCUGAGUCUGAGAAGAUCGUCCAGGCUGCUCUGGACGCUGCCGCUCGCGGUCGUACCACUAUUGCCGUUGCUCACCGUCUCAGUACAAUUCAAAAGGCCGACAUUAUCUAUGUGUUCGACCAAGGCAAGAUUGUUGAGAGCGGCACCCACACCGAGCUCCUGCGCAACAAGGGUCGCUACUUCGAGCUGGUCAAUCUCCAGUCUCUUGGCAGGGCCGCCUAA